GGAGCGCGCAGCCAAUGGCUCGGCGCUCUGCAAGGCGGAGCGGCGCUGCCGCUGCUGUUGGACGCUUCGCUCCAACCCCGAUCCCUCCUCCUCGCUCCCCCUCCCUCUCCCCUCCCACAGCUCUCCGCCUCUCCCCCAGCAGACCCAAUGUAAAAGCGAGAGGCGCAACCGCCAGCGAGCCCCAACUCAGAGGCGGCACGUGCGGCGCAAAGCGGAGUGAUGCUCGCGAUGGUGGUGAUGAUAAUGAUGGUGGUGAUGAUGGUGGUGAUGCCUCUGGUCGCGUGGCUCCGUUGAGACUUUCAUACCCCACCUCGAGCUCCGCUCUUCUUCCAACCCCCACCACCACCACCACCACCCCCAUCGUCGCUGCCGAUUUCACUUGGAGGUUUUGUCGUCUUUUUUUUGUUGCUUUCGUCCAAAGCAAAAGCGGAGGGUAACACGCACACACAGCGAGAGGUGACACGGACACCCCCCCCACCCCAUCCCACCCCCCUCUCUGCAUCCCGACCCCCACCUCCCCAUCGGGAUGUCGAGUCCCAACCUCUCGACAUCCCCUUCGGGGGGCCGUUUGGUGGUUCCAACGGUGUCGGCCCAAGCAGCGGACGGGACGACGCUGCUCACGCUGACCCUGUCGCCGGGCCACGCGCCCUGCUCGCCGGGCGUGCGCAGGGCGUCCUUCAUCGGGAUCUCCUUUCACCUGCAAAUCGGGCUCACUCGGGAGCCCGUGACUCUGGAGACGAGCGAGCUGUCACUGGGAGCCGUGAGAGAGCUGGCUUGCUCCGUGGCCGACCAGAAGUUCCCCGAGUGCGGCUUCUACGGGAUGUUUGACAAGAUCCUCCUCUUCCGGCACGACCUGAGUGCCCACAACAUCCUGCAGCUGCUCACGUCUGCGGACGACAUUCGGGAUGGAGACCUGGUGGAGGUGGUCCUGUCUGCCUCGGCCACCCAGGAAGACUUCCAAAUCCGGCCGCAUGCCCUCUUCGUGCAUUCGUACAAGGCGCCCACCUUCUGCGACCACUGCGGAGAGAUGCUGUGGGGCCUGGUGCGGCAAGGCCUCAAGUGCGAAGGCUGCGGGUCGAACUACCACAAGCGCUGCGCCUUCAAGAUCCCCAACAACUGCAGCGGCCUGCGGCGGCGCCGUCUCUCCAACGUCUCCCUCACCGGUAUCACGGGCAUCGCCGCCCCGAAGAUGGCCGGCGAGUGCAGCAGCGCUGACGACACGCCGCCGCCGCCCACUGUCUCUCCUGGUGGGGAGAAGAGCCCUCAGGAUGCGGCGGGGCGCGAGCGGCGCUCGCCUUCGUGGAGCGGCCGGCCCGUGUGGGUGGACCGCGCCUUCGCCGGCAAGGUCAAGGUGCCGCACACCUUCGUCGUGCACUCCUACAAGCGCCCCACCAUGUGCCAGUUCUGCAAGCGCCUGCUCAAGGGCCUCUUCCGCCAGGGCAUGCAGUGCAAAGACUGUAAGUUCAAUUGCCACAAACGCUGCGCUCCAAAAGUGCCAAAAGACUGCCUGGGCGAAGUCAUCAUCAAUGGAGAUCUGCUGAGCCCCGGGCAGGACGCCGAGGUCGUGACGGAGGAGAACAGCGACGACAACGAAGACGGCGGCCGCAACGGCUCGGCGGACGAGGGCCCCCCCCCCCGAGGGGAUAGGGAAUUGCGCCCCCCUCGCGGGGGGACCCCCGUGCCGGAGAUGGGCGAGGGCAUAGACCUGGACCCCGAGAACGACGGCGACACGUCCCGCGUGAUCAGCCCGUCCACCAGUAACAACAUCCCCCUGAUGCGGGUGGUGCAGUCGAUCAAGCACACCAAGCGGAAGAACAGCCUGCUCAUUAAGGAAGGCUGGAUGGUUCACUUCACCAACAAGGACACCCUGCGGAAAAGACAUUACUGGCGUCUCGACAGCAAAUGCCUCACCCUCUUCCAGACCGACACCGGCAGCAAAUACUACAAGGAGAUUCCACUGUCCGAGAUCCUUCUCGUGGAAACGUCGCGGAACUUCGGCAUUCUGCCGCCGGGCAGCAACCCGCAUUGCUUCGAGGUGACGACGGCCAACAUGCUGUACUUCGUCGGGGAGAACCCGGUGACGGUGACGGGCGCCGCGGCCGUGAUGAGCUACGGCCUGCCCAGCAGUGGCGUGGGCACGGAGGUGGCGCGCACCUGGGAGAUGGCGAUCCGCCAGGCCCUCAUGCCCGUGCUGUCGCAGGGCGCCGCGCCCCCCGGGCACACCGGGCACACGCCCCGGCAGGGCCGACGGGAAGUCUCCAUCAGCAUCUCGGUGUCGAACAGUCAAAUUCAAGAGAACGUGGACAUAAGUCAAGUUUACCAGAUCUUCCCGGAUGAGGUUCUGGGUUCUGGGCAGUUUGGCAUCGUUUACGGAGGAAAGCACCGCAAGACGGGCAGCGAUGUGGCCAUCAAGGUGAUCGACAAACUGCGCUUUCCAACCAAGCAGGAGAGCCAGCUGCGCAACGAGGUCGCCAUCCUGCAGAGCCUACACCACCCGGGCGUGGUGAACCUGCAGAGCAUGUUCGAGACGCCCGAGCGCGUCUUCGUGGUCAUGGAGAAGCUGCACGGCGACAUGCUCGAGAUGAUCCUCUCGAGCGAGAAGGGUCGGCUCCCCGAACGCAACACCAAGUUCCUCGUGACGCAGAUUUUGGUGGCACUGCGGCAUCUGCAUUUCAAAAACAUUGUGCACUGCGACCUGAAGCCAGAGAAUGUGCUCUUGGCAUCCGCAGAUCCAUUUCCACAAGUGAAGCUGUGCGACUUCGGCUUUGCGCGCAUCAUCGGCGAGAAGUCGUUCCGCCGCUCGGUGGUGGGCACGCCGGCCUACCUGGCGCCCGAGGUGAUCCGAAGCAAGCAGGGCUACAACCGCUCGCUCGACAUGUGGUCGGUGGGCGUCAUCGUCUACGUGAGCCUCAGCGGCACCUUCCCCUUCAACGAGGACGAGGACAUCAACGAGCAGAUCCAGAACGCCGCCUUCAUGUACCCGCCCAACCCCUGGAAGGAGAUCACACAGGACGCCAUCGACCUCAUCAACAACCUCCUCCAGGUGAAGAUGAGGAAACGCUACAGUGUGGACAAGACACUCAGCCACCCCUGGCUGCAGGACUACCAGACGUGGCUGGACCUGCGCGAGCUCGAGGUGCGCCGCUCGGAGCGCUACGUGACGCACGAGAGCGACGACGCGCGCUGGGAGCGCCACGCGGCCGAGUGCGGCCUCGCCUACCCCACGCACCUGCGCCGCCGCGUCGACCUGGGCAGCGACGGGGAGCGGGUGGAGGAGGAGGAGGAGGAGGAAGACGGCCGCGGCGCUAACGAGGGCCGACGAAGGGCUGACGAGCCGGCCGAGCUGAGCAGCAUCCGCGAGCGGAUCUCCGGGCUGUGAGCGUGCCGCGACGGGACACGCGGUGUCCCCCUCCGGCCUGCCCCGUCCCCCGUGGGGACCGUGGCGCUAGUGGGCGUGCGACGAUCCGUCGAUUUGUCAAUUGGAUUUUUUAUAUAUAUUUAUAUCGAGGCCGUGUCGCCCCCAGUGAUCUGGGUCCCUCCGCUGGAUCUCAAUACAAUCCUGAAUCGGUUUCAAGAUCGCACCGUCGCCCCCUUCGAGCUUCUCCGUGGGCUCACUCCCUGCCCGGACUCUCCUCUCCAAUCUCAAUGCUCCCUUCCUCCAGACACCCAACCUCCUACCUCUGUCAUCUCACUCUACUCUCCACCAAGUGCUCUCCACUUCAACAACCAAGGCUUCUUCUCGAAGACCCCAGUCGACUUCCACCGAGUUGCUCGGGCGCUUAUUCUACCGAGAUUGAAUGCAAUAGAAUUAGAAAUUAUCCCAAAUUCGAUCACAUUUCGGCACGCUUCACAGAAACGGUGGAUAUUUUUUUAUCAUUAUGAUUGAGGCAGUCGGUGAUGAGCAGAGAUUUGUUUUAUUAUUAAAGUCUUGAGGCCUAGACUUGAAUAUGCGCUGGUAGUCAACAGCACAAAUAACCGGGGCUGGGGGGGGGGAAGGGAUUUCCAGACAAUGGGAGCAGCAGAGGGGAAUGAGCGACCUCCCCCGGAGCAAAGGUUGAUUUUCGGCUAUUGGUUGAUAAAAUGGAGAGUGUACGGAGAAGACGCCAGCCAAAGGCAAUUGCAUUAAAACGCUAAGGGCAGAAACAAAAUAUAGAAUUGAUUCUGGAAUCGCAAUCUUGAAUCGCGAAUAUCGGAAUAUCUGGGUGGAGGGGUGGAUUGUUAGACGCCCGCACAGCGAGAGUUGCGCAUUUGCGUGAUCCUUUUAAGCAGCUGCUGACUUGAGCAUGGGGACCAAAGAAAAUUGUUGCAACGUUCCCACUAUUGUGGAAUCGUUUUUACUCAGAACAUAAAAAAAGUGUUUGUUGCUUUACUCAAAGGGAACAACAAUAAUAAGGGGCUUUGUCUUUUCACAACCAGACGUAUUUUCUGGCAGUUAGGAACCUGACUUCGGCCUGCUGAUGAUUUCCAAGGGCAUGAAACUGCUCCGUGUGAGCUGUGUUCGCACAGCUGAUGACGAGAAACAUGAACCUCGGCAGACUUCUUUGGUCUCGAAGGUUGAUUUUUACCUUUUAGAGAAUAACUUUCCUCGUUUUUGUACCUGCACUUAUUCAUCGAGAGCAUAGACUAGGUGGAAUAAUGCGAACGAUAUUUUAAGCUGGCGUGCGUCAACGUUUUUCAGUAUUACCGCAAGGGGUUCUCUGGACGUGUGUAACGUGGGUGCUGCGCUGCUUGCCGGGAUUUCGAGGUUAACGUGUACGUGCCAAUGACGCACCUAUCCCCAAUGCAGCCGCACUCGCCCAAUUUGCUCAUGAUAUCGCCGCUUAUUGCGCACUCUCACUUAUCGAAUGAAGGCGGCAACGAUUCAACUUCUGUAUAGUGCAUUGGGCGUUGUGUUAUUAUAGUUAUUACCAUUCCUUUAGUUGGCUGCCAAACGCAGGCGCGUGUGCUGCCACGGCCGCAUAUCUGCAGCGGCUAAUGGUGCACGUAAUUUUUUUUGUUUAAGCCCACGCUCUGUUAAGUUGGGUCUUUGCCAGGAUAAGUUUAGUCUCGGGGGCAGAAGCUCCAGCCUCAUGCAGACCUCUGCAUUAACUUUGUCCCCCCCCCCUCCCGCCGAGCCGAAUCUUUGAAAGGAAUUUAUCGAGGGUUUUUAUUCUUGGUGGCAGUGGGGGGGGGGGGGGUUGUGAAGUCGAACGAAUUAGAAACAAAUAUCCCUAAGAGAGAAGGUUGGGUCUGUUUAAUUAUUUAUUCGCUGCGAGGGAAAAUCCGCACGCGGGCAACGCGAUUCGCAGCGUGGGGAUGCGGGGCCCAUCCAGCAGUGGCUAGAACCUGACUCGUUGUGGGGGGGGAGGGGGUGGGGCGGUUUUGCGCGUAAAAAUUUUGCAAGGGGGUGUGAAGACCCCGGCGGUGAGAGGCUUAAUGUCCCGUCGGCUGGACGAGAGGUGGGGGGUGCCCCUUGAAAGGGACGCACCAGGGUACUCGCACGAUCGCAGAGCCACGCUUUAACGUUCCAUCGCGCCUCGUAGCAUUCGCGUGUGUGUGUGUGCGUUGGACUUCUUUUGCACCGUACGUGUAGCCAACCGUGAUAAUUCGAAGGUGUGGGGGGGGGGGGGGUGGAGGGCAGGGUCAACAUACUGAACACAAAAAGCAGUUCUGAAGAAAUUCGAUUUAAAUGUGCAUUGUUACAGUGGCUUAAAUGUAUUUACUGCAACCAAAUAACAAUGAGGAGUGUGCCCGGUCUCAUUGGGGUCUCGGAAGAUAAGCAGGGCUGAGCCUGAUUAGCACAUUGAUGGGUGAUCACUGGGGCUUGCCAGGUGUUGUAGGCAUGGGGGCUGGGAGGUUAUGGCCAAGAAGAGAUCGCUGCGCCGAGUGUCGCCCCGCCGCCAUCGUACACGUUGUGUUUCCCCCCGAUUCGUUUCCCGCGUGAAGCAGAGAGCGCUCUUUGAUGGAGCUGUCCAAAUAAUUCCAGCGCGCAGGAUCGUUCAGAAAACGAAUGUUGAGACUCGCCGAGGCUUAGCGGCAAUGAUUCUAACCGCGCUACGUUUCUUUUCCUUGUUGGGGAAAAACAAUGAGCAUAAUGGGCGAUAAUUGAUUUGCAGAAACGUAAACAUUUCGGGUGAACAAUCACAACAAUACGGGAAUUUAUGCGACCUCUGUAGAAAUAGUUUACCGUCGUGAACCUGCGAAUCGCUGCCAUCCUGCGUUCAUCUUCUGUCGAGUGCUUCUGGUAACUUACUAACUCCUUCCCAUUAUUGUGUCACCCUACCACUCGAGGCAACAGAAACCAUAAAAUAGCAUUCUUAUUUAUUGUACUUUUAUUCAUUCGUAAAGAGUUUUUUUUUCACACAAACUGGUCUCUUAUCAGUAUAUAUAGUGACGUGUAGACUUGACAGCUGGGGAUGAUUUUAACAGUUUGUCCAAUUGUGAUGCACACACAAAACAAACAUGCAGGGGGGGGGGAGGUAAAUACGUGCGUAUGUGGCGUCGCUAUGAAGUGCUCGCUUCAAGCAAAAACUAUUCUUAACAUUACGGUGCGACGUGGCAAUGUACAUACGAUCGAUCGUCGUGUUUCUUUAACCAAGCUGAACUUCAAGCUUUUAACGUUUUCGAAUGCACGUGCUGGACAAUAAAUACUUGCGUGUGUUAUUUGUCGCUUCGUACAGAACCCGGGGAUGUUGACCAUCGGCAAAUCCAAUCACAGUUUGAAUUUGCAUGUCUACCAAUCUUCUGCAAGAGCCAUCAAGCUCUUAUCUUGUAGAUAUCGGUACCCAUGCGAUGUGUCCCUGGGGCUGUCCCUGCACAAACGUUUUAAAGCGUCAUCAAGCAUGUACAAAAAAAGUUAAUCCACAUAAGGAUAAAGCUUUGUUGGUGUAAAUUAUUAACACUUUUAUGUGAUCACGUUUGCAAAGGAGCAGGGUUGUUAUGUUUCCAUUUUUUCGGGUCGUCUAAACUAAAAUCUGUGCCACUCCGAUCCUCUUCAUCACACACCACCCUAGGUGAUCCUAAUGUUUGCUUUGUCGCAUAAGUAAAUAUUAAGCAAGUCCAGUCAAAAACGACUCAGAUGUAUAACUAGGUUAAGUGGUUGAUCCAAUUAUUCAGUGUAUUGUUAUUUUUAAACACAGUUCUAACGCGUUUAUUAACAGUGUUGUGUCCAGAGCAUGCUUUGUAUAUUUUUUGGGUGAUGUGACCAGCGCUGGAAUUCAAAAGUAACGUGGCAUUUGCGCUCCAUCCGUACACAAUCCCACGUCUUUAUGCUAGAGUAUUUUGCUAAUGUUUUGUUCGGUCGGAUGAUUUCGCGAGGGCUUAAUAUGUUCCCACAAACGCCAGCCUGCGUGGUCUCGUGUGGUCAGUGAAUGGUGGUGUCCGUCUUCGUUUUGUAGUUUUGUACUUUGUAUAUGAAAUGGAAUGUGAUCUAACUUAUUUAUGAAGUGGAUUCGAGGCCAAGUUAAUCGCGUGCCAUAUUAACACUUGCACAUGCCAGGCUUGUUUCCCAGGCUUCCCAAUCUUGCCCUGUUGCAAUUGAGAAAAAAACACAUGAAGUCACACACUACACGGGCCCGAUGUUCGGUAAACACGUCGCACGUGUGUUGGUGGAGAGCGCCGAUUGGAAUUGAGAGUGAACAUCUUUCAUUUUGGUGUGUACCUGUGUUGUCCCACGUGACAGAGCGUGGCUUAUUUCCCAUCGUGGUGUCUCUCGUGCCGGUGACUUUCCAAGGCUGUAGAGAAGAGGCUACUAGCCAAUAGCAUUUGGUAAACCAGUAAUUUUGUUCAACACGUCUGACUCUGACAUUGAGCUUCAGGAGGACGAUACCGGUGCAGAGUUUGCAUCUUCAUAAAUAAAUGCUGCGAGUGAAAAUCCGUCUGAAAAGUCAACAUGACAGAUAGACUAAAUUGUACGCGUUGUGAGUUUACUCUCCAACACACCCGUGUGCUGUAUUAGUAACGAAUUUGCAUGUUUUGUUACGUGACAAACCUUACUAAUUCGCUGUGUCGAGUGGUGGCGGGUUUAACAACACAUGCGAUCUAACCCAAAAAAAAACCCUCAUGGAGACUCAAUUAUACUUGACUUUUAUGGAGACCUAUACAACUGGAGGUUAUUUAUUUAAUUGUGAAUCGCCGUGUCUUACAUCGAGUGGAACCCACGCGUGCGUGCACACGUGGUCGAUAUUUCAAUCGGAAUCGGCGCUGUCUACGUCACGCGGUCGAUGUUUAGCAAUCAUCAGGCGCGUGCGGCGCGCGUUAUGGCGUCAUUUGCAAUUGAACGGAGUCGUUUGGAAACGUGGGAAAGUGUCACCGCUGGGGAGAUGGGGGCGGGGUUGCUGGUUGCUAGCUACUGAAGUUCUUGAAGGCCAAGUUUUGGCAGCAUUGCAGGAUUUAUAUUACGAGCCUCGUGUCCAGCAACCCUUGGUAUUCUUUAGGCAGUGUUACAUAGUACUUUAGCAUAAGCCAUGACUACGAUGAUGAUGACGACGUAUUUAUUCCGAUCCUGAAUAACCUGCAACACAUUCGGCGCACACGCACGUACCAGUGUUAGGACUAUUUAAUUUUUUUUUAACUGAAUCGCCAAAACUGUGCAAUGGCUUGCGUUUUCUAAGCAUUUAUCCUUGACCUAUAGGGCAUCAUGUGGGUGUUUGUGUUGGCUACCUAUACGCGUUGUGAUCGGUCGCGCUUUGUGUGUUUCAUUUCCCUACCGCGACGUCGGCGUCAGCUGUGCAGAACAAAAUGACCUGCUUGAAGGUUAAGGCGCAGCCCUGCAAUUACACUGCUGGCGCAAGAGCCUCCACGAGAUGAAGGGGGGGGGGGGGUUGGGGGGAGACUCUCGAAGUCCCUCCUGGAGAGGGGCUUGUGUGGCGGUAUUUUCACCCCCUCUCUUCUUCUACCCCGGCCAGGCGUAUUGGAAGCGUUCGGCGGUACUCUCGCUUUACCCCACCACACGAACUGCGGCUUUGUUAUCCUUUCCCCGGCGGCACCUCCGAUAUAGCACGGUUGGCUGCGUACGGUGCGAAAGAAGUUCAACAUGCACACAUCCAACCUUGCCGACUGGACCCACCUUGUGGUGUUUGUACCGACUGCUGACAAGGCCUAAAAUGCACGCACAACAGUUCGCGAAGCAACUUGAUGUGGUCAACUUCAGCGUCGCAGCACGAGUUGCGUCCGGGGCUUAACUCGCCGCCCGUGCGACACUUGCAAUAGAUCGACUUGUUGUGUUCUUGCCGGAUUCUCGUGUCGGCGUGUUAGCCCCGUCCGCGAGCGGGAAAGUCGACGCGUUUAAGUCGACACUGCGCCGAGUCGUUCCCUUUCAAUGUUCAUGGUCACAAAUGAAAUGUUUAUUCAAAGUGGCUGGCGAUGUCCUCCAAGCGAUUUUCAGAAGCAGCGGUUUUUAAGGACUAAUUUUGUUUGGUGCCAUGGUGAACUCGUGUCGUCAACCAAAUGCUCUCCUCUUGAUGUUGAAAUAAAGUUGGUAAGCACUGCGCACGCCUGAUUAUUGGUAACCACGUGGCGUGGAAAGAACCAGUCCAAAUGAAGUUCAACCAUGUGCUAUGGGAGAAGGGUCAUUGUCCAAAACGUCGCUUAUUUAUAUAGUUUCCUUUCAAGGCAAUGCGAUUGACGGGACGUGUGAGGCUCUUGUGUCGUGUGGACGUGCCCGCGUGUGUGUGUGUGUGUGUCUGUCCCACGUGACGCAGGGAGUUGCCGAGUUAGUGUCGCUCCUCUGAUCGUCUUGCUCAGCGCUCUCUGCGCCACGUUGGAACGUGUUUGCCAAUAAUCAGGCGCGUGCAGUGCGCGUAAUCCACGUGGUGUACCCAUUCAGUAUUACUGCUGGGUAGGACAGAGGGGGGGUGGUGAGGAUUUAAGAAACGUGCACGUUGCUUCAAAUGCCGCUCCAGGAGAUUGAACCCACGACCUCUACGUCGCACGCCCCGGUGUGUUCACCGCUACAAUCCCACGAUAAGCGUCCCUGCCCAGGGUGGUAAUGGUCGCAUAACUUGCAAUUGAACUGAAACCUGUGUUAGCAAAACAUUGUAAAAACCAGAAAAGACCAGACCGUUGUACCGCCACGAGGACUGGAGAUUUGAGACUCCCACGGCCUCGUCGCAAACCUGGCUGCUGCCGCCGCUGGCUGCUACUUCUUUCAAAUUGGAACGUCACACUUUGUCCUGUACAUCGGAGGCGAUUGAGCCAUGCCUGUCGGUGGAAUUGCUCGCGAAUCGGCUGACGGGAACUCAAAUUCAAGAGCUGUACCAACAUAAAUAAACUGAAAUAAUAAACUGAAACUGAGAGGAGAGACGCGUUUGGAGCGAAUUUUGAACGUUGAUCAGCGCGAGGAGAGAAGCGUACACACAAGUGUUCUACCACCACCUCUACUGCCUGUGGAAGUUGUAGCAGUUUGGUGGUUGCUUGAAUGUUUGAACUUCUUUCGCACCGUACGUAGCCAACCGUACUAAUCGGAGGUGGGUGGCGGACAACAAAUCAAACACAAAAAGCAGUUCUGAAGGAAUGAGUUAUCCAUCUAGAUUUAAAAGUGCAUAGCUCCAGUGGCUUCCUAACGUCGGAAGAAGAGCGUUCCAGACGGCCGCAGAAGCGCAUCUGAAAAAGCGGUGACCGUCCUUGUUCGACGGCGAGAAAUACUUGGAUUCGCGUGGUGGUUAAUGCUCCUUGACGAGAUCAGCAAGGUAUUGUGGUUCAUUUGAGUAAUUAUUGAACACGGUGACGAUGAGAGGUCUCGGUCUGAUAAACGGACAUGGCCUGGUAGACCCCGAGUCCUCUCUACGGGGAAGGGAGAAGCAAAGCACGGGGGAACGCCUUCGUAUGGCAAAGCUUGCGCGUCGCGAUAGUCCGUAAUAUUUAUGGACGGCACGCGUCCCACGUCGCAGUCGCUCGCUCGGUGUGCCACGGUGGAUCGAGCCGGUGUCACGCGCCACGCACGUGGGUCGGGGAUCGUGCGACACGAGGCGUCGGCUAAACGCAAAUGCUGUUGAUCUCGCCACUACGAGUCGUCUUCUUUAAAGGUGUGCGUGGUGGUGGUGUGUGUGUGGGGGGCGGGGGGGGGUAUUUGUUGGCACGUGGUUUGGAACCAUCGGACCGACGUUGGCCAGGCCCCAAAACGUUCCACACGUUCACUGGGAAUGCAGAGAUCACGGGGAAUCUGUGACCAGUUGCGUACAACACUUAAAAUGAAAACUCUCUCUUAAUUGGCACCGAUUUAUAUAUCAGCUCGGUGGGGGGGGGGGGGGGCCAUGUAGUUUCCUCGAGGUGUUUUAUGCUACUGAUCAGCAGUGGCGUAGCGUGAUUGACGUGGGCCCUGACCGAUCCCCGCACCCCCUCCACCGCUCCCUUCUAUUCAUAGCCCGGGGCUUGGGGCGGGGGGGGGGUAGGCUUCCACCCAGGGGCCCGGUGCAAUUGCGUUAGCCGAUUCUCAUCUCUCCCUCAACAGGAGUUACUAUUAUUGUUGUAAGCCGCCAAGUCGCCGUGACUUUAGUCUGAGGUGCGAUGUCACGGAACGAUUUAUCACGUUGGGAUGCCACGUGGUCCCCCAGAGGGUUUUAUUUUUAUUUUCUGGUCGCGUUAAGAUAGCAGCAGCUCUGUUGCUUCGAUAGCGGGCAAAUCUCUUGCGUUUAAUUCCAAACCAAUUUGUCUUCGUAUGAGUGAGGUGGGGAGGGUAAUGUAAAUCAAAACGAAAUGUCGACGGGAUAUCAGUUGAGAGUAUAUUUAGCGCUCCCGUGGAGAUUGUUGAACGUGCGCGUGUGUGUGUGUUUUUUUCCAAACUGAAGACAAACGAUCGUGGUAGAAAAGUCCGUAUGGAUAGACGUCAUAUAUACUACACUUGUAAAAUGUAUAACCACUGGCUCUGGAUAAUGGUCGCUUGCGUUUGUCACGUGUCGAUUGUGGUGUUCAUAGGAUUUGCCUCCCCUAAGUGUGUCGGGUGCCUGUAUAGUACGUGUGUGUGAUUUCUAACGUUACAUUGGUUAAUGAUGGAAUAGUGAUAUAUCGAACUCGUUUUGUUAUCGUUUCGCGUCUCUCUGUUACAUUUCUAAUUUCUAUAUCGAUAGGAGGUGCACGUUUUUUUUGUCGUUUCUAAUUUCUGAAAUUAUAUCUCGUAAAAUAAUCGCGCCGUCGCUGUCAGGCCGCACACACACAGCCACGCGCGACCCAAACUGACUCAGCUGGUCGCAAACAGUUUUCGUUUUGGUCGAGCUCAUUAAACAAUUGGUCCGGGCGUCGUAGCAACACGUUGCUUCGAAAGUCGCAUUCGCUGAACCCGCCGCGAGAGAGCCUGUGUUAAACACAAGGGAAUAAAACUAUCAAUUAUCAACAA